AUGAUUGAGGAAAAACCUAGGGCGUGGCACGACUUACUCCCUGAAGCCCUUUGGGCUUACCGAAUCUCAAAACGAUCGGCUACUAGCACAUCCCCUUAUGCCUUAACCUACGGCCAUGACGCCAUUGUUCCGAUAGAACUAAAGGUUCGGUCUCUCCGUGUGACCGAACGACCUGGGCAGGAAGAGAAGGACUAUGCGCAAGCCAUGGCUCAGGAGUUAGAAGAUUUGGAGCAAUCCAGACUAGAUGCUUAUAACCUAAUGCAGGCACGAAAGCAGAUCGCGGCGAGGUCCUGCAACAGGAAGGUAAAGCAAAAGACUUUCAUCGAAGGCAACUUGGUAUGGCGUGCCGAGCUUCCUAUCGGGACUAAGGACCCUUGGUUCGGCAAAUUCUCACCCAAUUGGGAAGGGCCGUUUAUUAUCGAACGAAUUCUUGGCCGAGGUGCAUUGCAGUUGAGAGAUAGGGAUGGAGAAUGGCACAACUUGCCAAUAAACGGUUAG